AUAAGACACUAUAACUUCGUCACAAUCUGGAUAAGUUUUCGCUUGGCCCUUUAUAAAGAACGUGAUAAAAAGUCUUUUCUUUCGAAGGGUUUCAACCUUAUCGUGAUAACACAGAUCCUGCUCUUUUGGUAAGGGCUAUUUGCCAUGAAAAUAAAAGAUACAGCAUGGAUUAUAAUCGUGCUUUCUGGUGUUUUUCUCGCAGCAGCAGAUGACGAUAAAGACGAGAAAACUAAGAAAAUUGAACCUAGAUAUGAUGAUGACCAUGAUAAUCACCGCCACCACGAUGAUGAUGAUGACGGCGUUCCUGAUUAUUGUCCGAAAGAUAAUGGAAUGUUUCCGAAUGAUAAUGAUUGUUCAACAUUUUACAACUGUAUUGAUGGUCAAGCUAUACUCCAAAGCUGUGCCCCUGGUCUGUUGUUCGACAAGGAAAAGAAAAUGUGCAAUUUUCCAAAUCAAGCAAAAUGUUCUAACAUGUGUCAAGGUCCAAAUGGUAUGUUUCCUAGUCCUCAUCGUUGUGAUGAAUAUGUUCUCUGCAACAACAAUAAGCCAAAAGUUGUAAGAUGUAAAAAAGGUCUUUACUUCGAUCCUAAUUUGCAAGUGUGCAACUAUAAGGGCCAAGUUCUUUGCAAUCUGCCCAAAAGAAAAAAGAAAGACAAAUCAGGUAAUUAUAAAGAUGAUGAUCAUAAGAAACCUACUGUUAUUAUAAAGUACAUAGAAAGCUCUAAAUCACGCGGAACUGAUAAUGACGACGACGAGAUGAAGGCAUUAGCUGCGGCAAGUGUCAAGUCUGUUUGCCCCAAGGCAAGAGGUUUAUUUGCACAUGCUGAAAAUUGCAAAUCAUUUUACCAAUGUUAUGACGGAGAGGUAAAACUGAAAUCCUGUCCCCCGGGUUUGUUAUUCGACGAUUUUAAGCAUUCAUGUGCUUAUGAAAAAGACGUAGAUUGUGGCAGUAGGCUCGUAUUUCAUAAGUAAAAGGUUUCUUUUAUAUUUUUAAUACUCGCAGAAUGGACACCGGUGUCUCUUUUAUAUAUUUUUUUCCUGACGCUCUAAUUCCAUGAAAAUAUAUAU